CAACUCUCAACCUCUCUCCAUUCUUCACAACUCUCUCUCAUUUCCUCUCACAAGGCUGGGACAGCUGUCGCUCAUCCAACUCGACGGCCGUCUUUGUCCACCAUUCUCUUGCCGUCAUCGGCGAUCAUGCGCUUCUAAUCCCCUGCGCGAACGACAUCAUCCCAAUUCCUCAUUAUGGGUGGCAAUCCCGUCAACUGGCUCUUCCUCGCCGAGCUCAUUGUCGUGGUCAUUGUUGUCUCGGCCUUUCUCUUCUACUGGAACCGCAUAUUUGGCUCCUGUCUUGCGUGGGUCAUUCGACUCGUCGCGUGGCGCAAAUACAAUGCGUACAUUGUCAUCGGAUCCUUCCAAAUAUCACCACUAGCGGGCCGUAUCGCCUUCCGCGACGUAGAGUAUCACUCGAGCAAUCUGUCCUGUCGCGUUCUCCAUGGCAAUAUCACGUUUCGAUACUGGAAGCUGCGCGUGCAGCAAGAGGGCGACUCGCAGUCCUCCAACCCGAAGCGCGGCACGUCUGCCUUGCCGGAUCGCCGCCAAGCUCGAUGGUCUUGAGGUCUUCUGCUUCAAUAGAACCCCGGCGUACGAUGCGAUCGUCGAGCGCAUGAAGAAGCACGAAGCCGCACAGGCAGAGCAAGAGAAGGCGGCCAACGGCAGCGAGCUCAGCCCGACCGAGAGCGCUAGCUCGAGCGCACAGCCGUCGCGCUCCGCUGCACGUCAGCGCCGCACACAUCCCCACAGCCGGCAUUCGUCUAUGCCGAACGAGCCCGAAAGUCCAGCAAGCGAGGUGCCCAAGCCCGUCGAGACACGCAUUGAGCAUCGGCAAGAGGCAGAGACGCUCAGCUGGCUUUCUGAGGCACUGCCCCUCGAGAUUAAGAUCGACAGUGGCUCCGUCGUACUCGGCUCGGACGCGACGCCUAUGGUGCUCAUUGUUGACUACAAGCGCGCAGAUGGCACGAUCGAGAUCUCGGAGCCGCGCUCGCAUUGCGAUCUAUACCGCAUGUCGAUCAACAUGGCACUUUCCGACGUGACUGUGCUGAUGCGCACCAAUACUGAUUACUCUGGUCCGCUUCUCGCGCACGGCAAGCGGAUCUAUGAUGAUCUCGUUGAGCGCGAUAGCCGCAUUCAACUGGAACCGCCAUCGGCCAUCUCUUCUUUCCCAGGAUUUCACUGGCUCGCGAAACGCUUUGACUUCUUGUACGACCCACGACUAUCUGUACCGCCGGUUGUUGGCUUGCCAGCUGACCGCGUGUGGAAAGGCUUGGCACGUUACAGGUUGCCAGACGAGAAAGUCGAGGGCGUGCAUCUGCAUGCACAAGAGAAUCAGUAUGCCAAAGUCGCAACCAUUCUCUCGACGCGCGCCCUCGAUUUCACUUACUACUCCGAUACCCCAGGGGUGGUGCCAGAGGUCAUAGACCGCCUCGAUGUCGAUCUGAACGACACAAUCGGCAACAUCGAACUCCCACCUGAAUGGGGCGUUGACGUCACCCUGCACGGCGGCAAUGUCAACUACGGACCGUGGACAGAUAGACAGCGUGAUGCCCUGCAGAAGGCUUUCACCCCGUCCAUAUUCUUCGACUCUGAGCCACGGGCGCGUCUGAAGGUUGGCGACAAACGCCUUCACGCCAUCCUCGCCGUCAACGUCAACAUGACAGAGAAGACGACGCUGCGAAUCCCCACUCGAGAACCGUCUAAGGACUGGCAGUGGGACAAUGCUAAGCCAGACACGCAGCGACGGUACGGUUGGCUUGAUGUUGAGGUUGGCCCUAAUUCGUCCGUCGGGUACACCCAGUCGCAGAUUGCGACGCAACAGGGUUACGACUCCAUGUUGAUGUUGCAUCUUGACUCACUGAGCAUUGCUUCGAGUGUCAACUUGCAGACGUUUGUUGUCGCGAAGACAUGCAAGUUGUCCAUGACCAUGCCCAACCCUCUCGUGUGGAACGCGCAACGCAACUGGGGCAUUGACAUCACCCUCGACACGCCGGAAAUCUGGCUACUCCGCGAACAUAUUGCUCUGAUUGCGGACCUCUCCAAAGACUGGAGCUCGGGCACAAUCGGAGACUUCAGACACUUCGUGCCCAUGCACUACAGCUUCCGAUUCUCUCUGAUCAAGCAUAUCAUUCACUUGUACAUCAACGACUUCAAUAUUGUGGACGUCCCCCGCUCCAAAGACCACAACGCCUUCAUGGACAUCAAAGGCCCACGCAUGGACGCAUAUGUGGCCGUGGCGUCCACAAGAUACCGCCCCGAGUUCUCCGUUGUUCCUUUCACCGUCGACGCGAAGAACGCCAUUGUUGAGCUGUCCCUGCCCAGCUGGGACACCCAUCGCACAUAUGGCACACCCUCCCUCGAGGUUGGCCGGAUAGGCGACAUACGAGUCUCCGGCUCGUACCGGUAUUAUGCUCGGCCACAACCCGACCACGUUGAGAAGCUCAAGCUGCAUAUCGAAGCCGAGGGCGUCGCCUUUCUUGCUUUGGGCUGGGUCAUUCGCCGAAUGUUCUGCGUCAAAGACAACUACUUUGGCGAGUUCACCCAAUUCUCCACGAUGCAGGAGUUCCUCGAAAAGUUUGAUCACAGCCGAGAGGCCGUGGGCGAUCCCAUCGAAGAGAAGUAUCGCCCAGGCAAAUCCGACCCAUUCGCAAUCCACCUCACCGUGGACGUACGUGACUCCCUUGUUUUGUUAUCCGAUCAGAUAUACUCCGCCACUAAGGGCAUCGCCGCUCCUGUUCCCCAGCUUCAACUUGACUUGAAGAACAACGAGUAUCAGAUGGAAAUGUCCCUUGACAUCGCCCCGACUUAUUAUGUUGCCUGUAAUAAUAUCGCACAGAGCUAUGUGGAGCUCUCCGCGCCUCUCCAGCGAGACCAAGAUGUUGUAUUUGUAGAAGGCGUUGAAAUCAAGGCAAAUCGCCUAUUUGGGCCACAGCCCCAAGCCACCACAUAUGUGUGUUUGUGGGAGAUCUCAGUCCCUCGUGUCUCUGCCUUCCUCUCACCUGCGUUCAAGGAGACACUUGCGUCAGUUGGCACGGCCGUGGGGUACAAUUGGACCGACCACGACAACGCGCCGGCGUCUGUCUAUAUAUCCGAGACGCCUCCAGAUGCAACGUUCGUCAAGGUAUCCGUUGCGCACGUCACUGCGCUCCUUUCCUCGGGCAAUUCUGGAAUCGCCGUGGAGCUGUCCAAAGGUCUGUUCAUUGACACAAGCUCCAUGGCUUCCAAGUCAUGCAGGUCGGUGAUGGGCGUUGGUGUCCCCAGUGUGGCUGUGCAUGUGCUGCAUAGGAGCAAACAGACCAAGCGCUGGGAGCCUGUCGGCUCAGUAUCUACGGGCCUCUCACUUGACACCUACAAGAUGCCGAAGGGAUGGGAGGAGGAGGCCGCCGAGCAACAGAAAUUCCUGCGGAAGGAGGAUGAGCCGACGCGGCGGAUACCCUACCUGUAUGGGGCGUACGAUGACGGCGUCAAUGGGCGACAUCUGUUUGACGUAUAUGUGCCCCGCCCUCAGCUCGUGCAGUUGCCAGUUUUCGAGCCCCUCCAGACAGCUGUUGAGGACGACCCCCCUUAUGAGUCAUCUGACUCGGAGACCGACAGCAAUGGCGCGUCUCACACAAUUUCACACUCCCGCAUCGCGCGAAAGAAACGUGCUCAGCAGGCUGCUCGCGAGGAGCGCUUCUCGUCGGUCAACGACCAAGCCUCCUCCUCAUCCGAGUCAUACGAUACCGUCACACCUAUCGAUGAUGCUCUGUCCGAGGAGGUAAUCACAACAGCACGGCCAUCCAAAUCUGAGGAUAUGGCGACCGUGCUGGAAGAUCGCCUCAAGACCAUCAGGAAGAUCCAGUUACGAGCGGCACGCCUGUUUGAUUACCCUUCCGAGUCCCCGCCCGCAAUGUGCAGCGCAGACGCACAGGGUGAACCGUUCAUCCCGCUGACUAUUACGGACGGAAGCAUAAUGCGCAUCAACCUUGACAAGACAAUAAUUGAGCUCAACCCGGACACACUGCGCGCGGUUGCAAAUGUUUCAGGCGGGAUGAGCACUGCCGCAGUGCCGCGCGAGGUUCUUCUGGACAGGCUCCUUGAUGACCACGUAACGGCGGUUCUCAAGAGCGCCAAGAAGGCGGGGUCGACUCUCUACGACGUGAGUGUGCCUCAAGUUGACCUGCGCCUUGUGCUGGGUAGCUUUCAGCACCCUGAGUCUAUCGUUCAUUGCACGCUGGACUCGCCGGCAGUUCGAUUCCUGGAAACGCCCGUACCUGACUCGACGGCCACCAGCUCGUCGGCGACCGCUGAAGUGCGCGGUUUCUGCGUGACGCUCCUGAAGCAGGAUACAUCGCACAACAAUGUGUCGCUCAUAGAUGUGCCGAACUUUGAUACCGCUCCUCGUGGUGACGGUAUCUUGCCGUACGUCCGGCUGGCCGCCGCGCGACUUCAUGCGACUUUCAACGAGGAGCCAGGGAAGAAAACUGUCCAGCUCAAGGCGCUUGACUGCAUGUUGCAGGCCGCAACCCCCGGCGUUCCAGUUGUAUCAUACCUCGUUGAUACCUGGAAGCCUGUGGUGGAAACGCUUCCUUCGCAUUGCGCCGGUCUCUGCGUUGCGGACGUCAUCUACGAUGUCCUGAGUGAGACUGUCGAGGAGGGCUUGACAAUGUCACUCCCGAACUUUAUGUACGAAAGCUCGUACGCGCUGCAGUUCAACGAUCAACGAAGCCUGCGGCAGGACAUCGGCUGGUUUACCAUUGCCCGUCUGCGCCAUUGGAUGCGCAUGGAGAGGCAACGACUCGAGUCGUCUCCACAGCGACCGCCCAAGGAGGAGAUGUCCAAGAACGUGAUGGAAUGGCUCCUCCGUCUCGACGAGCCCACUGUCAAUGAGCACGUUCUUCUUGCGCAGCCCUAUCUCCGAAAGGCCUUUGGAAAGCACCUCGACCGCGCAGGGCUCACACCCGAGUCGCGCAUGGACUCGUCGGUUACUGUCUUUUUCGGAAUUGAUGCUCUUCUGCUCCGUCACUACGGCCGCCUACUUGAAACUGGCGCCAUCGCUGCCAGCGCGAUCACUAUCGAAAACGUGACAUUCGGAAGCGAUCGGCACUUGGUGUGGGAGGGCGACCUGCCGAUGACUACAUUCCAAGCUUUGAUCACUGUUGGCCGUUUGGCUGUUGAUCUACAUAACAGCAUUGUGAGCGCCUAUGAUGCCGUGCUCGAUCAUAUCGACACCCACCGCGAGGCGAUCCAUGAACUGCCCGUGGUGCACGCUAUUGACGAGGCGUCCAGGGUGGUUGUGGACGUCCACCUUGGCGAUCUCUCUGCGGCCGUCUCGGCGGGGGGCAUGCGUCUCGAUUUCGUCUUCACCGGCGCUCAAGCAUCAACCACCGUUGAGCGCAGCCGGCGUACUGAAGGCAUCGCUGAGUCGCGCUGCGUGGAGCGCAACGCCUUCUUGCUCAACUGCCAGUUUGUGCGCGCUACUCUCCGUGAGGCCGUGGACAUUAUUCCAGACGACACCGAAAAGGACAAGGAUCGUGAACUCGUCCUGUCCGUGAUCCGCGGGGUCGGAUGCACUGCGGACUCGAAGAUGGACAAUUUCGACCCGAAGGGUGGCUCCGCUCGACUCGCGUUCAGCGUGGAUGCCUUCGAGUUUGACUCACGCCCGCAACUCAAAGCCUUCUUUGACUUCGGGCAGGACUGGCGACGCAGCCAUUACCCGCUUUACGUGCCAACGAUCGAGCACACGAAAGUGGUCAAUGAGCGUCGCAAGGCAUUCCAAGAGGCGUCGCCGCACGCACGUCCUGUCCAGCCUCAGCGUGGUACAGUCCUGCGCUCAAUGGCUCUCGACCUUGUUGUGCGCUCCGCACGCAUGCAGGCUCGCGCAGCCAAAAGGCUUUGGCUUGGCUGGGACAUGGGUCAGGUGUAUGCCUACAGGAAUGGCUCACCAGAUCAUCUCCAAUUUGGUCUGCAGGUGGCGCCGCAGGUCGUUGGCGCGUAUCCCUCCGUCAAUCGCGUCAAGACAAAGGACUCAUCCAUCAUUCAUCUCCCGUCCAUCACGAUAACAGCGACUUACCGCGAUCCGAAGCAGCACCCUUCUCUCUCUGCCAAGGUCAAGCUCGGCAUGUUCACUGGUAUACUCAAACCGGCUGUCCUCGACCGCUUGCUCUCUUUACACCAGCGCCUCGGCAAUGAUGUGCUCGCUGUUAUCCGUGAAGUGCGGGGCUCGAAGGAGUCCACGCCUCAUCUGGACGUUCCACCUACCCUCCUUACGAAGCCAGUCAAGUCGCCCCUCGAGUUCCGUAUUCAGGCCAGUGUGGAUGGUGUCCGUGUCGGCCUGCGCGCGGACAAUGUCCCGCCCACACUCAUGUUUGAGGCACUCCGGCUCCAGGGCUCUGCAUCGAACAUUGAAGCCUCCAAACUCCAGUGGACGGCCAAAGCCAAUCAUGUCGGCCUCUCGAUCAUCCGCAUGGCCGACGGACCAUCAUAUCAAGCUGCCGAACCGCUUCGCGGCACGCGCUCCGUCUCCAUGGUGCUCGACGUUUCCGCCGAAGAGACUCCUGGCACGCUACGCACGCCGUCCAAACUCAACAUCACGUUGUCGCGGGUGCACACUGUUAUGCACGUGGCAGCGCUGAGCGAGUUGGGCGAUCUGAUCAGAAGCUGGUCAUCGGAUAUCGCCGUGUUGCGCAAGGUGCACCACGACGAGGUAGCAGAGGUCAAAGAGCAGACCACGCGAGUUCUGAAGAAGCUCGAUGCCGCACACAAGGAGCGGGAGAAGGAGAAGGAAAGAUCACGCAUCUCGUCCAGCGGUAGUGCGAGUGGGAUGUCUGAGGGCAGCGCGGGUAUUGAGACAUGGUUCGCCUCGCGCCUCCUCACUCUCGAGGUCACCGGUAUUGGUAUCGCUAUUCCCUUGGACGAGGCAGCCCCUAUCGACGUCGCCAAACGCGCUGGUGGGGAAUCUGGUCCGGCACUGUUAUACUCCGUUCGCCUCAUCAGCCUCACAACCAGUCGAACGGAGACGGCGCGGUUCCGCGUGCAGCAGACUUUGCUGCAGUUCGUUGAGAAGUUCGACUCAGGCACCUCGGAUAGCUUCCAGGGGACGUACCACCGCGCGACGAACUAUAUGGAGCUACCGUCCAUUGAGAGCGAGGCUCAGAUGAGCUCAGCGCCAGGUUCGCUCAGCGUCAUUGCCAACUGCACGGCCUCCGACUUCAAGCUCUCCCUCACGCCCGACAUUGCAGACGGAAUUGCGCGCCUGGCCGACUUAUACGAGCAUGGCAAGGAGCACCUGUCUGCGAUGGAGCGCGACUACCGCGCUGAGUGGGCCAAGUUUGAGGGACCGGACCAACAGCCGGACUCGCUGGCAGAGAAGUACGAUUUGCCAGCAGAUCAUACAGUGGGUAGCCCACAGAAGGUUCACGUGCAAGUGUCGUGCCGCUUCGACAGCGGUGUUGUCGAACUUCACCGUACGAACGAGGCUGCACAUACUGCCAAGGAGCGCAGGAUGUCAACGCACCAGAAGCCCGGGCGAUGGGCGAAGGAACAGAACCUGGACAAGUUCACGCUCCCAACCGUCUCCGUCUACGCGGACUACUCGGGCACGGAGAACACAGAUGACCACCAGCGUACCCUGCUCUUCAACCUCGCGGUGCACGAGAGCCACAACGUGCUGCACCCCACUAUUCUGCCCUUCUUCGUGGACGUUGUCACUCGUGUCGAGCGUAGAGCCAAGUGUAGGCCGGAUCCCAUGGAGCAGCCUAAGCCCUCGCCCGAGUCAGCGCUGCCAAUCACAGAACGCGCGCUGGAGCGCAUCGCCGAGGCCCCGACAGGCAAGCUCCGGUUACGAGUCACGCUACGCAUUGAUCGAUCCGAACUUCGCUUGUCGUGCGCACCCGACUCAAGCGCCUUCGUCGAUCUCAAGUGGGAAAGCGGCGGCUUUGUUGCGUCCACUCUACUGGGGGGAAAGGACACGACAACGUUAUCUGGCUCUGUUUCGGGCGUCACAGCUUACCUGUCUCACGAGUUCGCCGAGCAAGGCCAGGGCUGCAUUGAGGCAGGUGCGAAGGAUCUUGUGUUCAACCUCGCCCUUUGCGACGCCGACGCAGUGCAGGACUCGCAACAGCGCGGUCUAUCCAUUGUUGUCGACACCCAAGUCGGCGUCAAGUUCCGCCUCGAUGCGUUUAGUGCUUGGCUCAUCUUCAUGGCCGUGUGGGUCGACGCUGCGCCAAAGUUCGAGGUCAAGAAACCUACUGAAUCGCCUACUAUACCUGUUAACCCUGUCGCGAGCAGCAAGCUGGGCGUGGCGGUAGUGAUGCGCUUCCGCAGCAUCGACUUUGACGCUAACGUUUCCGUCACGCAGGCUCGCCUCGAGAUGACUCCAAUCAUCAUCAACACAGUCUCGGACGGCGAGCGGUCCAAGCUCGACUUGAGCAUCGGGACAACACUCGUCACUGCGGAGGGGGACAUAUCUGGUAAUCUUCGCUCCGAGAGCUUGAAGUUCUCAACCGUGCGGCGCUCCACUCGCGCCACGAUUCAGCCGGGCGAUUCACAGCUGCUCCAGAUGAAGAUCGAAGGCGGCGAUCUCAGUGGCAAUCUGUUCAUUGCUGACACGAACAUCGUGCGCUUCCAGCUUGAGCCGUCAGUCGUCACACUCGUGGACGAUUGGAAGGAGCUCGCGACAAACCCAUCUGGCCAGGUGCACCUUGACUUUAUCGUGAACGCGGGCAAAUUCUCAGGCGUGCUCCGACUGCCUGCGAUCCCUCGCCUUCUCGGCAACUUUUACAGCAUCUUCGACAUGGCCGACGUGCAAAAGCGCAUUGCUUCGCAGCGGUCUGAUGCGUUUAAGCGACGCCAGAAGCGUUCGUCGGACCAAAUGCCAACCACGACUGUUGUUCUUCCUAUGAAGCCGCAGACGGACGCCACCGGCGCUGAAGACCAUGUCCGCACCGCUCAGCGCAUGCGCUUUGAGCUGGCGGGCCUUGAUGUCGGGAUUAUUUCUGACGACUUCGACGAUACAAAUGUCGUGGCCUUCUACCGCUUCUUCAUUGGCACUGUGCGCGCAGAGUUGCUCCGGCAGGGCUCUGAGGGCGGACUCCCGCUCCGCGAGCUGCUGCUCUACAUUGAUUUCUUACAGUGGCAGUCGGCGGACGGCAACCGCGUCACCCGCUUCGAAAGCCACGACAUGAGCGCGCGGGAGCUCAUCGACCGGGCCGUCGCUAAGGGAUGGAACAACGUAGCCAUUCUACCGAAGAUGAAUCUCAGGAUGGAUUCGACUGAGCUUCUCAACCCAAAGACGGUGGAGUACGACUUCGACGUAGCAUGGGGCGACACGGACGCCGACAUUAAGAUCAUGCCCAACUUCCUCAAAGCCGCGUUCAACUCGUUCCGCAAGCUCGUUCGUGGCAUUGACCAGCAGCAACUCGACCGCGCCAAGCGCCGUGGUGAUGUGCGCACACGGCAGCGUGACGAGCCUGGCCCUCCUGAUGAGCCUCUCCCCCUCAUUCGGUACCACCGUCGCGGGGAGGGACCGUUCAACAAUCCCGUUCCCAAGUUGCGGGCGAUGGGCGACGUGACUGGUGACGCGGCGAUGAUGGUCCCGCAGAUCAAGCAGGCGCUGGGCGAGCUGCCCGCCUACUCGCACCGCUUCGUCACACUGCCACUCGAGGAAGGAAUGGAUCUGCUGUUGAAGUUGUAUGAGCACCAGCUUCCUGCAGUCGCGGAGGACGACACCUAACGUUGUAUUACAGCAUACCCCGCAUACAGCAAUACCAUUGUACAUAUCAUGCACUCGUUUGUGACCCGGCGAUGGCAGUAUGGAAUAAUUUGUGCAUGUAUCUCAGCACC